AUGACAGAACAAAAUGUGUUGAGAAGUUCAUCCGAUAGAUUUUUGAUUUGUUUCAUUUUAUUGGAUUUCCAAGACGGUUACAACAACAUAGCAAGUGAUACUGGGAAUGGAAUCAGACAUAUCAAAGCCUCAAGAAGAAUGACAGAAAAAACAUCAAUUCCCUUUAUAAGUUACAAUGAAACAAGCAAUUCCGAAUUCUUCUAUUCUGAAGCUUUCGCUUUGAAAUACAAAUUGUUUCCGCAUUCAACUUUAGGAAUUUCAUCUACUUUAUCAAAAUUAUGUCGCUUCAAUUGA